AUGGCGGAUUUGAUACCAUUUUAUCUCAAUAUUGUGGCAUUUCUAUGUACUGUUGGAGCCAUUGGUCUGGCUAUAUUUCAUAUCUACAGGCAUCUCUUGAAUUACACAGAACCAACUUAUCAGAGAUAUAUCGUACGCAUCGUCUUCAUGGUCCCGGUUUAUGCCUUCAUGUCAUUCUUGUCUCUUGUGCUACCCAGAAGCUCGAUAUAUUUUGAUUCCAUACGAGAAGUUUAUGAAGCAUGGGUCAUCUACAACUUCCUAUCACUGUGUUUGGCAUGGGUUGGAGGCCCAGGAGCAGUAGUGCUUAGUUUAAGCGGUCGCUCUCUAAAGCCGUCAUGGUCUCUCAUGACGUGUUGCUUUCCGCCACUAUCAUUGGACGGGCGUUUUAUUCGACGAUGCAAGCAAGGUUGUCUUCAGUUUGUAAUUCUAAAGCCUAUCCUAGUUGCUGUCACACUUGUGCUUUAUGCGAAAGGAAAAUACAAGGAUGGGAAUUUUAACCCUGAUCAAGCAUAUCUCUAUCUUACCAUCAUCUAUACCAUAUCCUACACAGUGGCAUUGUACGCACUUGUGCUGUUUUAUAUGGCAUGCAGAGAUCUGCUUCAGCCAUUCAAUCCAGUCCCAAAGUUUGUGAUCAUAAAGUCCGUUGUCUUUCUAACCUAUUGGCAGGGUGUUCUAGUUUUUCUUGCUGCAAAAUCUGGAUUCAUAAAGAGCGCAGAGCAAGCGGCCCAUUUUCAAAAUUUUAUAAUAUGUGUUGAGAUGCUUAUUGCUGCAGCAUGCCAUUUCUAUGCUUUUCCAUACAAGGAGUACGCUGGUGCCAAUGUUGGUGGAUCUGGCAGUUUUUCAGGGAGCCUAUCACAUGCUGUAAAACUAAAUGACUUCUACCAUGACACUGUUCACCAGUUUGCUCCUACUUAUCACGAUUAUGUACUUUAUAACCAUACUGAUGGUAGUGACGAGGGGACAAAGAAGUACCGUUCGAGAACUUUUGUACCAACUGGCCAAGAGAUGGAUGCAAUGAGAAAGAACAAAUCCGUGUAUGCGAACAAGAUAGAUGGUGUUUCGGUCGCCAGUAGUCUAUCUUCAGAGACGAGCUCACCAAAAAGCUCCAGUGUAACUUCUGAUCCUGCACGCUCUGAUGCUGUGAAAUCUUCCUUGCUUGUGGAUGCUUCGGAAUCUCUUGAUACAAUGUAUGAUAUGUCGCUCAUUGACAUCGAUUUAUCUAGUUUCCCCAGCACUGUCCCCUCAGCAAAUGAAAGCGGCCCCUAG